AUGAGCCAGGCGGAUCCCGAGCUGGGCGAGGGAGGCCCCACCACCAGCGCCGGCUCUUUCCACCACUUCUACAAUGUGGUUCGAGUGGUUAUGGUAAGUACAAACGGCUUUCGAUAUCUUUACAGCAAAUGCAGAGGUGUGUUCGAGGUUUAUAUUUCUUUACAAUUUGUACAGUAACUUUCGAGGCAUUUUUGUUUUAUUAUUGUUUGACAGAAACCACCUUUUUACUGCUUUAGAUGUAUAAUAUCCUUCCGUUUAAUAACCUUAACUUUACUCUUUCAAACUUAAAGUAACAUUGUUCGAAAGGUAUGAUACUUCAUUAUGUAACCAACUUGUAGUCUUACGUUUUGACUCUUUUUCUUUCAGUUGGCCAAGAAUUGGCUCCUCAGCGUGCACGACAAGAACGUUGAAGACUCUGCUUUGCAUCGUGCUAACGUUGAUGCUGUAUUCGCUCUCAACUGCGACAACAUGAACUCUGAUACGGCGACAACUUCUCAGAACUACGCUCCAACAGAAUCCACAAUGCUACAAGAAGACGACUUUGUAGCCCCUGACGGUACGACAGCUACAGCAGAAGACACUCCACCCAGUAGUGGUGAUUCUUGCAAAGAGAACGGUAAUAAUGUAGGUAACAAUGUAGACAGUAACCACAAGAACGACACACAAGAAGACGAUGACAAGGAGGGUAGGCCAGUGGAUAACGGGAACGUAGUUGAGGCUACUGAUCUGACACAACUGGCUCCACCAACUCCACCGAAGCCACCGUUCCGGAAGAGAUUCAAGGAGAAGAUCAGCCAGAUUUGGACUGUUAUCAAGUAAUUCUACUUUUAUACUGUUACAAAGAUGUUAUAUUUAAGUCAAUAUUCCUUUUGCAGAAAUGCCCCUACCGAGACGGUAGACCCAACACGAAGUCCGUACUAUUACUGGACGUUCGUUGUGUACAUAGCCUUCUUGUACAACUGUGUGAUGUGUGUCAUGUUUGUGUUCGAUGAUAUGCAGGGAGAAUUCUUUAAAUACUGGUUUGCCUUUAACAUGCUAUUCGAUUUGGUAUAUUGGAUCGACAUGUUUAUCAACUCCAAGCUGAAUCACAUUGAGGAUGGCAUCAAAGUGCGGGGAUGGAAACGGCUGAUGAAGCGAUAUGUCAAAAGGUAAUUUGCUUCUAUUCUUUGUUUUGUGAUGUUGUAAAAGUAUUUGUCAUGUAUUUAAAUACUUCUAUAGCUGUUACUUUUACUUGUUAACGAAAUAUAGAUUACUAGUACAUGUAAUUUAUAUUACAGUAAUGGUAUGUCGCCUACAUUAUUCUAUAGCCUUUUUUUAAAUAUGUUAACAUAUCUUCUUAACGUUUUUGUAGUAUAUCUCAACUAAAAAUGUAGGCGAUAAACAUUUUCUUUUAAACUAGUGUAAAGCGUUCUGAAUGUAGGUUACGGUAGCCACUUAACGUCUGGCACUACGCCUUGUGAUUCUGGUUUUUUGUAGCCGUUUCACAAGUGACUUGUAGUAUUGAGUGUGAGUAUACCAUACUGUAUACUUAAAAAGUUCAUACUAGUGUAAUUUCGUUACUGUAGCUUCUACAGUGCAUUUAUUUUGUAAUCACUCUUAGUGUACUGUAACCGCAUCACUAAUUGCCGUAUAUAAUUUUUGUCGUAAUGUAGUUGUGCCAUCGCAUAUUACAGUACAAGUCCAAAUUUAUAACUGUUUAUUACAGUAUCCUUUCGUACAGUUGCUGUAAAUUUUUACUCCAUUACCGUACCCAUUACAGUUUCCGUUUCACCUGUGACCUCCUGAGUACACUGCCAACCGAUGUGGUACUGCUUUGGGACCGCAAAUACUCGAUAUGUCGUGCUAAUCGCCUGCUCAAGAUGUACAGGGUGCUGGACUUUGUCGAACGUACCAACAUACGAACCAACUACCCCAACGGGUUUCGUAUCUUCCACAUAAUGGUGACUUGUGCCGUAAUUUUCCACUUAAACGCCGCACUCUACUUCAAAAUUAGUCUACAUACGGGCAUCGAAUGUAAGUCGAAAACAAGAUGGAAGCCCGACAGGCUGGUGUAAUAUAGCAUAAUAUGCAGAUUAUCCUUGUUCCAGCGUGUGCAUUCCUUGUACUAUCCUACUUGGACACUUCGAAAUUAAUUUUGUUACUUUUAAACAUAUUUUAAGCAAAAAUGUUUGUUGUGUCAAUCCUUUCAACAAACUAUUAAGCCAAAACUUUUUAAACCCCCAGGGGCAGAUCAUAAUCGCUAAUUACACUAAUGUUGGCAUGAGAUAAUAACUAGUACAUUAGUAUAACCCUAAUUACCUGGUCUUACUGCAACAAUUUAGCUAUGAACUUCGGCGCUUGGGAAUUCAAUUAUGUCAAGAACCAAGACGUGCUGAUGUCAACUUGCAACAUGCUGGAAGAGGACAGUACGUGCGGGGUUGAUGAGACCGAGGAUGACAUAUCAUACAGACAAGACGAACUGCUCAAGUACACCUCCUACUGGGAGUCCCGCAUCGAAGCCAUUAUAUUCUCCAACUUUGCCAAACAGUACUCACUCAGCAUAUACUGGUCCUCGCUCACUCUCACUACCUCAGGACAACAGCCCUUCCCCACCGCGACGCCCCACAACCUUCUGGAGAUCGUGGACACCAUCUCCGGCGUGUUAGUGUUCGCCGUGAUCGUGGGAUCGGUCGGUAAUGUUGUCGUUACCAUGAACAAAGCUCGAGCUGAGUACCAGAAUCUGAUGGACGGAAUCAAGUUCUACAUGAACUAUCGACAGGUCGGCAGCGACAUUCAGGCGAGAGUGAUGGACUGUGUUGAGUAUAUUCACAAGAACAGCUCGUUUCAAGACGAAUCGGUAAUGAAAUCACGUGUUAUCGGAGACAUGAAGCAUCAUAAGAUAAGAAAAAACAUAAACAUAAUUAAAAAUAUCAAAAGUAAAUGACAUUUACAAUGCAAUCUUGAAUACCAUGAUAUAUAAAAUUUUAGGAGAUUCUGUCAGCUGUGCCAAGACGACUACAGGGAGAACUGGCUGUUCAUUUGCAUAUGGAAAGUCUGAAACGAGUGUCACUUCUGAAGGAAUGUGAACCAUCUUUGUUGUACGAGUUUGUCAUGCAUCUUACUAUGCAAAUGUACGGUCCCAACGACUAUCUGUGUCGCGUGGGUGACGUGGCCAAGGACAUGUACAUAGUAAAGCAAGGUACGAUCGAAGUAAUCGGCCCGGACGGCCUUCUGAAGAAGACUCUCAGAGAAGGCGACACUUUCGGAGAGUUGUCGCUGCUCAAAAUGUCAGGCAAAAUGCAAACCAACAGAAGGCACCAGUCGCUGCGAUCAGUCGGAUACACGGACGUGUACCACCUCAGACAGGAGGACGUGAUCAAUAUCCUUCGUGACUAUCCCGAGUCUCGUGAGCGAAUGCUGAGGAAAGGUAUGCCGACAUUAGUCAAGGAACAAAUGUCACACAUGUUGGGCUCAGAAUAGAUCGUUAAAGAUGGUUAAGAAACUUAUUUUUAGAGGGUGAAAUCAGUUGGCAAUUAGGAAACAUAUAAUGAUAAAGACAGACAAAAACAUGACUAAAAACAAAAAACGUACGAUAAAUAAUGACAUCACUUUCAGCCAAAGAAAUGUCGAAAGCGGCGAUAGACUCCGACAGUCCCGAAACCCUGUCGCAACAGUUACAAGGAAUGAACACGAUCGAAGAUUCCCUCGGACUGCUUCGCUCCACAUUAGAAAGCCUCGAUGCAAACAUGGCAGACUUCCUUGAACAGUUCAAAGUAAGGUUUAGUCAUGUUAGGUUAAUAUGCAUUCAAGUGAAGUUUUAAAGAAAAGUUGUGCAAAAAUAUCUAAGCACUUUUUGAUCAGAGUAGACGACUUAUUGUCCAUUUGGCCAAAUCAAUUUAAUGUGUAUUAAUUUUUUCAAAAACUUUUAAAAUCUUUCUUUAUAUGAGUUUGCGGCUCUUUAAACUCUUUCUACUUUUUGACCACAGUAGUAUUUGCUCACUUGUCAUUUGAUAUUGCAUUGGGUUAAUCUUCAUUGUGGAUCUUCAAAUCAGUUUUUUAAUCAAAAAAAUGAAGAUAAGGCUUUGCUCGUUUCUGUUUGUUCUAUCUACUUUUCGACCUAGGCUGAACAAUAACAGUUUGAGCUUUAAACCCUUAUCACUUUCAGACCAAUGUAUCGGAUGACAAGAAACGGGUAACACGACUGGAGAACCUGCUACGGAAGCAGAAUCACAAUCAAUAA